AUGAAAUAUGUGCGUUCCACUCGUCGGGAAUCCCCUGAUGGACCCUUUUGCUUGGAGGAUGAUAAAUUUAUACCCUUGCCUGAAAUCCAGAAGAUCGUUGUCCGUAACGUUAACCCUGUUGAGGUGCAGAAAGAAGAGCUCGUGUUGGAUGAGAAUUCUUGCCAGCUUGAUGAUCCGGAUACUUGCUUUCAGCAUUAUUUUACAUCAAACGAGGAUGCAGAGCCGUUUUCCUUGACUUCGGACGAGCAUUUUCCUCCGGAUCAAAUGUUUGAAGUCAAUAGACAAAAGUAUAAUAUCACUUCUUCUUACCGUGAAAAUCUUGAGGGUUACACAGUACCAUUGGACAAGACCGAUCCCGAGUAUAAAGCAAAGGAGGAAUACUACGCAAAGGUUGCGAAGGAAAUUGAGGACAACAAAUGCCUAGCUUCUGCGUGGGAAAGCUUGGCCGAUGGUGAAAUCGAAAACGAAGAGUUGAAAUUUAGUGCUGUGUUGCAAGAUGGUGUUCAAGGCAGGGAGCUAAAAAAUACCUUUAAUCGCGCCGCCAAGAGAGGUGGGCGUGGAAACAAUCGCGCUUCCUUACCUCGAGAAUGCUCUGAAGCACAUAAAUCUACAGAAACAAAGUCUCAGAAACCUAAUUCUACCUCUCUACGCGAUCAGAAUAAGUCGUCCACCGACUCGGCAACAAGUAAGGCAUCGUCAGAUGCCGCUUUAGAAAAAGGGUCUCCAAAAUCGGCCUCGCAUGAGUCCCCUGUCACCACUGAUGCUUCUACGAAUUCAGCUGUAUCGCCUUCGAAGGAUUUGUCGAAGUCAGUUGAGGCUGUAGGAAAAAAGGAUGAUAAGAAAAGGGGUUUCCUCGAUCCAGAUGCACCGGAGUUCAAGCCAUCAGGA